AAUUUGCUGUUAAAGCUCCCUCUACUGGCAAAUGUAGAGUACAAACGGUUCCUCUUAAAUGACGUCACACAACCUAGAUCACAUGACAACCUCGCGAAAAAGAAAACAGGAAACAUUUUAACCAGGGCUGUCGAGGGAGAGGAAGAUGGGCUCCGCGGUGGAGAGGACUGAUGAACAUGUACGAGAGUACUUGAUAUAUCGUGGCUUCACCAGCACACUCAAGCACCUGGACGCUGAUGUCAAAGCAGACAAGGAGAAAGGAUUCAGGGUGGACAAGAUCAUUGACCAGCUCCAGUUGUUCAUCCAUAACUUUGACCUGAACGGGCUGAAGGACUACUGGAGCUACCUGGACCGCAGGUUGUUCUGCAGGCUUGAAGAUGUCUACAGACCCACUGUCAACAAACUAAGAACCAGCCUGUUCAGAUAUUAUUUGGUUCACACCGUACAGUCAAGGAACCCAGAGAAAACCCAGGAGUUUUUCCAGCGGCAGGCUCAGGAGCUGCAGGUACAGCCAGAGUGGCGUGAUUGGUUCGUCCUGCCGUUCAUCCCCGCCCCCGAGCAAAACCCGGCCUUUGCGCCAUACUUCUCCCGCCAGUGGAUGGACACGUUCCUGGUCUCACUGCAUAACUUCCUCUCUGUCCUGUUCCAGUGCAUGCCCCAGCCUGUAUUGCUCAGCUUCGACUCCGAAGUCCAGAGGACCGCCUCUCUACAGGAGGAGAACGAACAGCUUCGACAAAUAUUAUUUGCCCUGCAGGGGGAGGUUAACCUAAAGAAGGAAGAUACGGUGCAUCACAAACUCCCCCCCUAUGUGCAAAACAUGGACCGACUAGGAGACACUGAGCUGGACCUGGUGACAUGCCAGCGUAACCCCACCCUAACCACCACUCCCUCCAGAAACUUCUUCUCUACAUUCCUGCCACAAACCAGACGGGCACCUGGCAAGACUCCUCAAGGGGUACUUCCUGGGUCCUUGCCACAUCCGGCCUAUGUGGGACGCAAGGACACCACAGCCAUUCAAUCUGUGAAACCCAAGGACCCAACUGUGUCCAAGGAUCCCAAGCCGAUGCCCAGCACCGGGGGGACCUGCGAGCCCCAAGCUGGGUCCACUGCCUAUCCGAGACAGAGACGACACCAGGACCACGAGAAGGAAAGAAAGGAGCUGUUUUCCAAACCUCAAUCUCAGAUUCCCGAAAAGAGGGUGGAAUGUGGGGACCCGGAGGCCAGCCCCGAGGGAGGCACAGGGGGCUUGACAGACUCCCCACCCCUCAACCAGACGCGGGUCAGCAGGGAGGGUGGUGGUGUGGCCGGGGGGCUGGCUGUGGAACAACCCUUCAUCAAGCUCAGCCAGGAGGAGUAUGGCGAACAUCAUUCAUCCAUCAUGCACUGCAGGGUUGACUGCUCGGGGAGGAGAGUGGCCAGUUUGGACGUCGACGGCGUCAUCAAGGUGUGGUCGUUUAACCCCGUCAUGCAGACCAAGGCCACCAUCAUGUCCAAGUCACCCCUGUUGUCCCUGGAAUGGGCCGCCAAGCCUGACCGACUGCUGCUGCUGGGCAGCGGUGUGGGCACCGUGAGGCUGUACGACACGGACGCCAAGAAGAACCUCUACGAGAUGAUCAUAGACGAGAGUCUCCCACGGAUUCUGUCCCUGGCCUGUAGCCCCAGUGGGACGUCCUUCGUGUGUUCUGCUGCUGCACACCACGGACUUGCUGGCCGCUCUGGGAGUGUGUCUGAAGCCGUGCCGCGCCUCCCCAACCCCCCCCCUGUCCCUGGACAACUGCUGCUGUGGGACACCAAGACUGUCAAGCAGCAGCUUCAGUUCUGCCUGGAACCGGGUCCAGUAGCCAUUAACUGCACGUCCUUCAAUCACAACGGGAACCUGCUGGUUACGGGAGCUGCCGAUGGGGUUAUUCGACUGUUUGACAUGCAGCGCUAUGACUGUGCUAUGAGCUGGAAAGCCCACGAUGGGGAAGUGUACAGUGUUGAGUUCAGCUAUGAUGAGAACACAGUGUUCAGUAUCGGAGAGGAUGGCAAGUUUGUCCAGUGGAACAUCCACCGCUGUGGGGUGAAGCAGUCCGAGCACUCCCUGCCCCAGGACGCCACGGGUCCCUUCGUCCUGUCCGGGUAUAGCGGGUACCGGCAGGUCCAGGUGCCACGCGGGCGGCUCUUUGCGUUCGACUCCGAGGGACAUCACGUCCUCACCUGCUCCAGCAACGGAGGCAUCAUUCACAGGCUGAACGGCGAAGGCGGCCUGGACAGUGUGCUUCCCCUGGGUGGUCACAAGGCCCCGGUGGUCACUGUGGACUGGUGCUCCGCCAUGGACUGUGGAACCUGCCUCACCGCCUCCAUGGAUGGGAAGAUCAAACUGAGCACGCUCCUGGCGCAGAAGUCCUGAGCGCCGAGCACCUACGGCACCAAGCGCCGUGGACGGGCAGAGGGAGGAGCCCAGGCACCUCGCUUUCCUUUUGUUUUUCCAACAAAUCUUAGUAGGCAAGAUGAAGCAGCUGUUGUACUGGUGUAUAUGGGAGCCAUACAUUCCUAAAUAUACAGGGACUGACCACUCCUCCCCCUCCCCAGAACAAAAGAGUUUGGUUAACGGCCUGAGUACAUGCUAUUUACCCACUGUCUUUGGUUUUAUAGCCCUGUGGUCAAAAGGAGGCCAAGAUCAAACUGAGCAUGCCCAAAAGUCCUGAGGGAGGAGUCUUGUUGGAACAUCUGUGUUUGGUCCAGAUGCACAAUGUCUUAUCAGAUGUGUCCUACUCCAGGCCACAUGAGGAACCUUAUAUGGUAGCUGUGGUUCUCUACAUACAAAAUAUCAUGGAUAUUUCAAUAAUUGGUCAGUGGUCUUCAGAUUAAAUGAAUGGAGGUUAUGCAAGUCGUGCCUAAAUAGUAUUCUGAGAAUUGACACGUCGUCUUCGGAGUCUGAUAGGUCAAACGAUUGUUUCGUUCAUGUAGCAGCUGGUAGAACUGUCCAUGUCCAACAGGCCUUUAGGAUCCCAUGAACGUGUCCUGGGAUGUCCCUCGCCAACGGGGCUGGUUUGUUGCUUGUCUCAGAUGGACACAGCACUGCGACUCGUGAUCAAAGUUUUUGUUUUAAUUAUUUAUGUAUCAUUAUCAUCAUUGAUUGAGAAUAAACGUUUGUAGGCAUCCCUAUAACAGCCGAGUGGUUCUUUCGGUUGGGGUGGUGGAGGAGGUUGACAAUACCAACUUUUCAUUGACACUGCUGGGCUGCCAAUCAGUGCCUUUAAUCUUUCAUGGACUUUCUUAAAGAUCUGUGAAGAACAUCCCACAAGGCCAGCAAAGCCUGUCUGGGUGACAUCAGCUGUCUGCUGACUUGAUACCUCCCACGUUAUUGGGCAACAGAAACCAGAACCGAUCCCUAAUUUGGACUUGACAACAGGUCUGAGGAAAAACAAUUUAUUUCAAACAACUUCACUCAAUGUGAAUGCAAAUGAACAAUAAAUCUUACAAUAUCUU